UGAUGAAUCAAGAUGAGUGGUUGGGAACGCUAAGAUACGCCGGUAAGGCGCAGGAUAAGGUUUCCGUUGACACUCUCAUGCUCCGUUACCGUCCGAUCGCUCCAAAACCGACGACUGGUCAGCCAUGCGAUGCAGGAGACAACAACAAGAACUCUUACAAUUUGAGCAAACGAACCAAACGAAAGUACGUUAGGGUCUCUAAGAAUAACAGCACCACGUGUCGAGGAAAGACCAGAUCUGACUUGUCUGAUGAUCGGGAACCAACUGGAGUAGUGACACUUCAACUCAUGCCGGAAAAAUCCGAUCUUACAAGCGACUGCACGCCGUCAGAUCCGAUGGUGAAAACGAUAACCGGAGAGGAAACACGAGAAAUCAACACGUGUACCAUGUUUAACCGCGGCGUCACGGCGGAGGUGGAGACGCGGGUGACGGUGGAGUCCGUUACCGGCGUAUGUGACGGUAGUUCGAGUUUCCAUGGGGUGAAGUGUACGGACGUUGAGAUGGUGGAUAACCUAAGUAAGGACACGUGUCCAGCGUUCGUAUCGGAUGCCUCCAACCGGGUGGUUUGGGUCAACGAGGCUUACCGGAGAAAUGUUUCCGGGGAAGAUCCGUCGUCGUUGCCGGAUGUUACGGUGUGGUUGGUGAUGGAUGAGUCGAUGUAUUGCAACUACAGAGCUUUCACGUGUAGGGUGAGGAUGCAGUACACGUGGCAGGAGACAGAGUACACAAAAAUGGUGCCGUGCGAUGUGUGGAAAAUGGAGUUUGGUGGCUUUGCAUGGAGGCUAGACACAACAGCUGCUCUAACUCUCUGGCUUUGAUGUUGAUUGCUACUUGAAGCAAGCUUAAAGCAGGAUGGGUAAGAACUAUAACGGUGAGCUAUGUGAUCGAAAAGUAUGACUAAUCACAAGCUUUUUAAUCACUAUAGCAACUUUCUUUAGGCAUAUAUAGAUUAUAGAGAAGCUUGAAGAAAGAACAAGUGAUAUGAUAAUGUUGAGAAAGUAUGAAGAAGCUAAGAAUGCUUAAAUAUAUAGAA